AUACCUCCACGUCUCUCUGUCCGUCACGUCACGCUCACUCUUCUCCAAAUCAAGCCACCAUUUUCAUGUCUAUAUAUAACACUUACGCUACUCCACCUUUUCACUCUGUAACGCUUUACUUUUAACUUCUUAGCUCCUAAUCGAAUCUUCGUCGCCCCUUCCAUUUGGUUGAUUUUCUGUGAGAUGGGCUUUUCAAGGAAAGAGUAUGAAUUUUUGAGCGAGAUCGGGUUAAGCUCACGGAACCUAGGCUGUUAUGUUAAUGGCACGUGGAAAGCACGUGGACCUGUGGUCACCACUGUCAAUCCCGCCAACAAUCAGGUAAUAGCUGAAGUUGUAGAGGGUAACAUCGAAGAUUAUGAGGAAGGAAUGCAAGCUUGCUAUGAUGCAUCAAAGAUAUGGAUGCAGGUUCCUGCACCAAAGAGAGGUGAUAUUGUUAGACAGAUUGGGGAUGCAUUGAGGGUAAAGCUUCAACAGCUUGGUCGUCUUGUUUCGCUUGAGAUGGGGAAAAUACUUCCAGAAGGCAUAGGGGAAGUUCAAGAAAUCAUUGACAUGUGUGAUUUUGCUGUUGGACUAAGCCGGCAACUGAAUGGAUCAAUAAUACCUUCAGAACGUCCAAAUCAUGCAAUGUUGGAGAUGUGGAAUCCUCUGGGGAUAGUUGGUGUCAUCACGGCUUUCAACUUCCCAUGUGCUGUUCUUGGAUGGAAUGCAUGCAUUGCAUUGGUCUGUGGCAACUGUGUUGUAUGGAAAGGUGCACCAACCACUCCUUUGAUUACUAUAGCAAUGACAAAGCUGGUAGCUGGAGUGUUAGAGAAGAACAAUUUGCCUACUGCAGUUUUUACAUCUUUUUGUGGUGGUGCCGACAUUGGUCAAGCAAUAGCUAAAGACACUCGCAUUCCUUUGGUUUCAUUCACUGGGAGUUCAAAGGUGGGUCUGAUGGUGCAACAAACAGUGAAUCAAAGAUAUGGUAAAUGCUUACUUGAGUUAAGCGGAAACAAUGCUAUAAUAGUAAUGGAUGAUGCUGACAUCCAGCUAGCUGCUCGUUCCAUUCUGUUUGCUGCUGUUGGAACAGCUGGUCAGCGGUGCACUACAUGCCGUCGUCUGCUUCUUCAUGAGAGUAUAUAUGGAAGAGUACUUGAUCAACUACUUAAAGUAUACCAACAAGUUAAAGUAGGUGAUCCAUUGGAAAAAGGGACCUUGCUUGGGCCAUUGCAUACUUCUGAAUCAAGGAAGAACUUUGAAAAGGGAAUAGAGAUCAUCAAGUCCCAGGGAGGAAAGAUUCUAACAGGUGGUUCAGUUAUAGAAUCUGAAGGGAAUUUUGUGCAGCCAACAAUAGUUGAGAUUUCUCCAAAAGCAGAUGUUGUUAAGGAAGAAUUAUUUGCUCCUGUUCUUUAUGUUAUGAAAUUUCAGACUUUACAAGAAGCCAUUGAGAUUAACAACUCCGUGCCUCAAGGAUUAAGUAGUUCUAUCUUCACCCGCAAACCUGAAAUUAUUUUCAAGUGGAUUGGGCCACAAGGAAGUGACUGCGGCAUUGUAAAUGUAAAUAUACCAACAAAUGGUGCUGAAAUCGGUGGUGCUUUUGGCGGUGAAAAGGCUACAGGUGGUGGCCGGGAAGCAGGAAGUGAUUCUUGGAAGCAGUACAUGCGGCGCUCCACUUGUACAAUCAACUACGGGAAUGAAUUACCACUAGCUCAAGGCAUCAAUUUCGGCUAGUAUUUACAGUCCAAUCGAGUAGAAGCAUGAUCACCAGCCCCGUUGCUGUGGAACGGUAACAGCACAAAGAGCUUGUGGUCUAAACUUGAUGCUCUCUUCAUAAGUGUUACUUUAACACAAGUAUAUAAUAAUAAUACUUUCAUUUCUUGGAUAAUUUUUUCUUUCCUUGAUUCUCAUUUUCCUUGCUUGGUUACUGAGAAAGAUGAAACUGAAAAUAUAUGAUAUAGGUUACUAAAAAGACCGAAAUAUGGGGUGAAGUCGAGAUUUGGGUUUGUCAAGAUUUUGACAUUGAUUCUAUGUGAACAAGCAUUUUGAAUCCUUUAUGAACAUAUCUUUGUGUUA